AUGUGUGAUCCGUGCAACGUUCCCUGUGACUUCAUCUGCUGCCCAGCUAUCUGCCCACCGUGUGGCCCGUGUGGACCCUGUGGCCCCUGCGGUCCUUGCGGCCCGUGUGGUCCAUGUGGUCCAUGUGGACCUUGUGGGCCUUCCUGCGGCCCUUGCGGACCUUGUGGUCCUUGCGGUCCCUGUGGUCCCUGUGGUCCCUGUGGUCCUUGUGGCCCUUGUGGACCUUGUGGACCUUGUGGCCCUUGCUGUGGUCCUUGCGGUCCAUGUGGUCCCUGUGGACCUUGCUGA